AUGGCAUCUUGGCUUGACCUUAUAUCGGAGGCUCAAGGGUGGACCUUGGUUGACACAGGGCGGCUAGAGAAACUGGUGGAAGGCAUGAGCCAUCCACAUUCUCAAUAUCCUUCGUUGAUUCUUUUUGCCGGAAAUGCCUCUCGUAUCAAAGCUCUUCAGGCUUUAUUUCCACGUAAUAACAUUACCAGGAGAGGGCCAGCAGGCUUCACUAGGCUACAUCUCAGUACUGAAACCGCUGAAAGCGAGCAACCUCUUCUCUUUGCAGAAGGCAGCUUACUCAGGCAUUCUGGCCUAGGUGGAUCAAGCCUUUGUCGCUGGCCCACUGAGAAGCUCCGACGAUAUCCCAUCUUCCACGGCAGGACGUCUUCUCUAAGGGACAUAAAAGAGCAUGUGAUAUCUAAACUUCUGCUUCCAUGGACACAAGUUCUAUGUUUUUUCGUAAAUGUCGCUGCAGAUGUACAGAAAGUCUAUCAGGUACUUGAUAUCCCGCGUGGCAAAAUUAAAUUUGGAUCACAAUUAGUGCCAAAUUCCCUCCGUGUAAUUAUGGUUUUAACUAGGAAGGAUGAGCGUGAGUCUGACGAUACAACUCUUGAUCAUUCAAUCAAAAGGUUGAAGGAAGAUUUGAAGCUGCAAAUCAUCACUGUUGACCUACGUGGCCGGCACCUUCUAUCUCCAACGGCAGCCUUCGAGCCUUUACGCCGUGAGGUUCUGAGUCAAAUUCAAAUCACACAAAGGGAAAAAACUGACCAGGGGUUUGCAUUUUCUGCGCAACAUUUGUGCACUCUUUGGAACAGAACUAUCAAACAAAUUAACACGAGCCUAGAGAAUUUAACCAUAGAUUGCCUCAAAAUUGCACGAGAGAACCACCAGCUCAAUCUGGUCUCCAGGAAUCACAUAGAAGUCUUUUUAAAUGAGGCGGCCAACUCCGGAUGUGAAGUGGAUGACAUUUAUGUGUUCAUCGCAUCUGCAUUUCUAUUGAACGCCUACCCUCCUUCUAUGCACCACAUUGUUUUCAAAGAACUCUACGAGCAAGAGUUAUUAGAGGCUUGGAGCAAACAAGCGAUGUCGAUGUCGAGAAGCGCUUGCCGCUCUGUUUUGGCCCACUUGAAUACUCUUUUCAACGAAAUGAGUCCAACCAAACCAUCUGCAAUUGUUAGGAAAAGGGUUGCAACAGGCUUUUUCCAGCGCUAUGGAGGGUUGUAUUCAACUAAUUCCUGCUUCAUAUGUCUAUGCAGAGCCCCCGAGCAUAUGAUGGCGUGUCGUCAUACAAUUUGCGACAUUUGUGUUGUCAUAUUUGGUAUGCCUAGUAGGAGCGCAGAGUACCAUUAUGAUUUGAAACAUUGCCCUUUAUGCAACAACGACGUUAAAAUAACUAUACAGCUUCUUCCUCCCACUAAAGGACCUUUGAUACUCAGUUUAGAUGGCGGUGGAAUUCGUGGUAUCAUACAACUAGGCCUUCUUCGCUCUCUCGAGCGCAGACUCGGCGGCGGGAUAACAAUUCCUCAUAUAUUUGAUCUGUGCGCGGGCACAAGUGUUGGAGGCCUCAAUAUCAUGGAUUUUAUUUUCAACAAAUCUUCUGCGGGACAAAGUUUCCACAAGUUUCCGGAGCUUGCUCGGAAGAUUUUUGGUUCUCCAGGCACCAGUCAAGAGCUCUCCGCACUCUCUAUUGCGAAAUGUGCUCUUUGGAUAAAAUACUUCACCGGAUUUCUUGCUGAUGGAUGGUAUGAUGGGAACGAAUUGGACAAUGUACUCCAGGAGGAGCUGGGUUUGAGUCGUCGCAUAUUCGAUUUUGGGACGACCCCUUCCACAGGUAGUCGAGUGGCUGUUAUCACAAGUCGAAUAUCCGAUGGCAAAGCUUGCGUUCUGGCAAAUUACAGGGGUAUGGGUUUGCGAGACAUUGAAUCCGCCUACGAGUUUCUCAUUCCGGAAACCCAGGCCCAUAAUCCAUUUCUGUGGGAGGCGUUCUUCAAAGCCAAAAAACUCCCCGGAUUUGGUUCAUUCCAAGAUGGUGGGGUGCGGGCAAACAAUCCCCUUGCCAUUGCUCUAAAGGAAUCCGCCAUCAUCUGGCCCAACGCCGGAAAACACGACCUAAUUGUUUCAAUUGGCACAGGGUCGACUGCGGAUGGGGUUGUCUCCGAGACUAACUGCAAAAGCGCCAUACGAGAUAGCGCUGUUCCCCGCUUGAUUCGAGCAUUCAUGGCUUCCCCAUCUAUGGAUGGUGAACAGGGCUUUUUUGAGGCACUGAACUUUGUUCCUGAUCACAUGCGCGCAGAUAUACAUCGGUUAGACCAUGUUCUUCCUGCACACCUACCAAGAUUGGAUGAUGUGAGCAAAUUGACGGAGCUAUCUAAAUUAUCCUUUAGCGUAUCCGAUAAUUUAAUGGACCAAAUACCUCUUCUAAAACAAGGUUCAUUCAUCUGUCAAGGAUCGAUUCUCUGCAAAGGCCCAAGGCCUAGGUCUGUUAUCAGGCAAUUGAUAGAAGAAUUGCCUGGAGCUCGAUUCCAAGUUGCGCAAGGAAUUGAUUUGGGCCCCAUCGAUGAGGAUCAUGGCUGCUAUGAGUGUGGCUAUUAUCGCAAAAAGGUGUCAAUUACUGUUAACAGUCUGGAAGAGAGAUUUAUAAUCGAAAUUGCUUCAUCUGGGGCCGGCCAACGAAUUGGUGGUUUCCCAAAAUCUGCCAAGGAAUUGCUUCAUGAUCAACAGGUGGAUAGUCAUUUUGGUCGGCCCGAUCAUGCGAUCAUUGCAUGGCCACGACAAAGGGCUUGUUUUUGCCUCCGGGGAACCAGAAGAGUCGUUCAAUUCGCAGACCCUCCUUCCAUAAUUAAGAAGCGCCGGCGUUGUAUCUAA